UGAGAACCCAGGUGCCUUCCUUCACAUGUACCCGAGCACACAAAAUAACCUUUACACUAUUCCUUUCUCAUAUGAAAAAGAAAUAAAUAAAGGGUCUCUCUCUCUCUCUCUGGGGUUCUGUUUCUCAAAUGGCUCUUCACUCUGUUUCAUCCUCUCAUAGUUGUAGUUAUGCCAUUGGGUCUUGUUUGCGGACUCUGUGCUUGAUUCUAGUUCAAGCACACAUAGCUUCACCUGCUCCAUUGGUUGGAUGGCAGCACCACUACAGGAGACCAUAUCUCCCAGCCAACAAAACCACCUGUAACUUGUUUAUUGGCAGUUGGAUUCGGGACGAUACCUACCCGAUAUACCAGUCUUCCAACUGUGCUAUCAUCGACCCGGAAUUCAACUGCCAAAUGUACGGCCGACCGGACUCCGAUUACCAGAAGUAUCGAUGGAAGCCCCUCGGUUGUGAACUCCUCAGGUUCAAUGGGAUGGAUUUUCUGGUGAGGAUGAGAGGGAAGACGGUGAUGUUCGUGGGUGACUCGCUGGGCCGGAAUCAGUGGCAGUCUCUGAUUUGCAUGAUAUCGGCGGCGGUUCCACGGUCGCCGACCCAACUGAUCAAAGGAGAUCCUCUUUCCACGUUUAUGUUCUUGGAAUAUGGGGUGUCGGUGUCGUUCUAUAGAGCGCCGUAUCUGGUGGACAUAGAUACGGUAAAUAAGGGGAAGCGAGUUCUGAAGCUGGAGGAGAUUUCAGGCAACGCCAACGCCUGGAGGGGUGUCGACGUUCUGUCCUUCAAUUCCGGUCACUGGUGGACUCACAAGGGAGCUCUUCAAGGGUGGGAUUACAUGGAAUCAGGAGGGUCGCUGUAUGAAGACAUGGAUCGUUUGGUUGCAUUCGAGAGAGGAAUGAGAACAUGGGCGAGGUGGGUUGACUCAAACGUUCAAACAACCAAGACACGGGUUUUCUUCCAAGCCACCUCACCUACACAUUACAACCCUACAGAAUGGAAUGCAGCGGCAUCGGUGUCGAAGAACUGUUACAGAGAGACAGCACCACUGAGUGGUGCAACCUACCCUGGGGCCUACCCAGAUCAGAUGAAGGUGAUCCAGGCUGUGUURAGAGACAUGAGCAGCCCGGCCUAUCUGCUUGACAUUACGACGCUGUCGGAGCUCAGGAAAGACGGCCACCCUUCCAUCUACAGCGGCGAUCUCAGCCCCCAACAGAGAGCCAACCCAGAUCGAUCUGCCGACUGUAGCCAUUGGUGCCUCCCGGGCCUGCCCGAUACAUGGAACCAACUUUUCUACACUGCCUUGUUCUUCUAGGUUGUUGUACCCCUCCUGUAGAUUUUCUCACAUUCUCUCCCAUUGUUGCUGUUAACAAAUAAGAUUCCUGAUAGAAGCGAUUAAUUAGUUCCUCUCAAGAAUUACAAACCCUUGGAGACCGGAGAGGGUACACCGUACACAUUGCACCGAACCGACGCCCUCUGCCCCUUCUCUGUCAAUCUCUAUGUAUACCUUAUUUCCUGUAAAGCAAUUAAGCAAUAAACUUAUGUACUUUCUUACAGUUUGGGCCUUGGGGUAUACUCAUUUGUUCUUAA